CCGAGAUUCCUUCGCAUAAUCACUAUUUAUCACAACAUUCCAUUCUUGAUCUGCAAAUUCUACACAGUUACUAAACUAUACAAAAAUGGACGGGCCAGCAUUCCAACGCAUCCCACCAUGGGUUAAGGCCAAACUUACACCAAAGGCAAUUACGACAAUCCAGGAAGUCUACGACUGGGUUGAAAAUGAGUGUAUUCCCGCAGAGGAGGUCAUGGAGGCGGCACUGAAGGAGCACAGAUGGACAACUCCGCCGAUCAUGAAAGAAUUACGAAAGAAGGCGAAGGCUCGGGGUCUUUUCAAUUUGUUUCUUCCGAACCAUUUCGAGGAGAGUCCCGGACUCACCAACCUAGAAUAUUCCUGCUGUGCUGAGAUUAUGGGAAGAUGUUAUUGGGCCGCACAAACAAUGAACUGCCAUGCGCCAGAUACUGGUAACAUUGAGUUAUUAGCAAAGUACUGCAACAAGGAGCAGAAGGAGAAGUGGCUCAAACCCUUACUAGAAGGCGAUGUCAUGUCGUCUUAUUCCAUGACCGAGCCUGAUGUCGCCUCCUCCGACGCAACCCAGAUCUCCUGCUCCAUCCGCCGCGAGGGCAACGAGUACGUGAUCAACGGGCGCAAGCUAUUCGGCAACUCGCUCGACAACCCCGAGAUGAAGACCAUCAUCCUCAUGGGCUGCUCUGACCCGACCAACCCGUCCAAAUGGAACCGCCACUCUAUGGUCCUUGUCCCCGCCAACUCCAAGGGCCUGACCCAAGUCCGAAAUCUCACUAUCAUGGGCGAGGAUCAUGCCCCCAAUGGUCACGGCCAGUUCGUCUACGACAAUGUUCGCAUCCCAGUCGAGAACAUUAUUCUCGGCGAGGGCCGUGCGUUCGAGAUUGCGCAGGGCCGCCUCGGCCCCGGCCGCAUCCACCACUGCAUGCGCCUCAUCGGACAGUGUGAGCGAGCCUACGAGCUAGCGCUGAUCCGCUGCAUCGACCCGAGCAAGAUGCCACGCGGGAAGCUCAUCGGGCAGUUCGACUCGAACAUCGAGAAGAUUGCGCAGAUGCGCCUCGAGAUCGACUCCAUGCGGCUGGUCGUCUUGAAUGCUGCCGACACCAUGGAUCUCCUCGGCAACAAGGCGGGUAAGUAUGCGAUCGCACAGAGCAAGAUCUUGGUGCCCAUAGCGGCGGCGAAGAUCAUCGACGAGUGUAUGCAGUUGUAUGGCGGUGCAGGGUUGACGCAGCUUACCCCCUUGCCAUCGAUGUGGACGUACGCAAGGUUUGUGAGAUUAGCAGAUGGGCCCGAUGCGGCGCAUAGACAUCAGGUGGGCAGAGAUGAGAUGAAGACUGCGGCAGGUUUUAGGGAUAGGCAUGCUAAGUACAAAGAGGGUUCGAAAGUCCUCGCGAAGAAGUGGCUGUGAGGGAUAGAAUCAUUUUGUAUGCGAGAGAG